AUGGCCGGCUUUUCUUGGGCAACGAGCAGCUUCCUACUGCUGCUACUGGUGUGCGCCAUGGGCUACGAGCGCCACACCAACAAUUGGGCCGUCAUUGUCGACGCGUCGCGCUUCUGGUUCAACUACCGGCACAUCACGAACGCGCUGUCGCUGUACCACUCGGUGAAGCGUCUGGGCAUUCCCGACAGCCAGAUUGUGCUUAUGCUCGCCGACCAAAUGCCAUGCAACGCCCGCAACUGCUACCCUGGCCAUGUUUUCAACAGCAACAACCAUGCGAUCAAUCUGUACGGCGAAGACGUUGAGGUCGACUACCGCGGCGACGAAGUGAACGUGGCCAACUUUAUCAAAGUGCUUACGGGCCGACACGAGCCGGGGACUCCAGCCAACCGUCGCUUGGACUCGGACGAGAAGAGCAACGUAUUUGUCUUCAUGACGGGCCACGGCGGUGACGGCUUUCUCAAGUUUCAGGACGUCGAGGAGCUCUCGAGCCAUGACAUUGCCGACUCGAUCGAAGAAAUGCACGUCAAAGGCCGAUACAACGAACUCUUCUUCAUGGUGGACACGUGCCAAGCCGGGUCGCUCGCCAAGCAGCUCUACUCGCCCAACGUCGUCACCAUUGGUAGCGCCUCCACGGGCCAAAACUCGUACGCGUACCACACGGACUUUGACAUUGGCCUCUCGCUCAUUGACCGCUUCACGUAUGCGACACUCGACUUUCUGCAGGCCCACGACACCAGCAAAACCCUCGCCGAUCUCUUUGGCUCGUACGACCCGCGCAUGCUCUACUCGGACCCCGAAGCACGAACUGAGCUCCUCCACCGUCCGUUGCACGAGGUGCCGGUCACGGACUUUCUCGGCUCGGUCCUUCACGUCGAGCUCGACGACGCGACGUAUCCGCUAGCACCACCCACCACAGAACGCCCCGCCAACGUUGCCAGCUACUACGACCUAACAUCGCCUGACGCUGCUGACGGCAGUAGCAAGCACUUGGAGUCGUCGCCUGCGAUGCACUUGGAUCUCGACACUGUCGUCUGGACCUCAGCCGUCAUCGGCGUGGCGACCCUUCUGGUCGUUUCGUCCGUGGUCCUCUAA